AUGGUGAAGUUAAAUAGUGGAUACGAUAUUCCCGAGUUGGGUUUUGGAGUGUACCAAGUAGACCCUGCAGAUACUGCAGAAUUGGUUUACAGUGCCUUGAAAGUUGGCUACAGGCACAUCGACACAGCUCAAUUUUACGGAAACGAAUAUGAAACCGCCCAAGGUAUUUUGAAAUGGCUGAAAGAGGGGCAUGGUAAGAGAUCUGAUGUCUUUUUGACCACGAAGGUUAGGAGUCCAGAAGGCUACGACGAAGUCGUUGAGAGCAUCAAUGGAUCCUUGCAGAAGAUAGAAGGCUUGGAAUAUUUGGACCUGAUUUUGUUACAUUCGCCUAUGACCAAUAAGGAGAAAAGGCUGGGAAGCUGGAAGGCGUUUCAAGAAUUCAACGAAAAGGGGUUGAUCAAAUCCAUUGGGGUUUCGAACUACGGCAAUCAUCAUAUCAAGGAGCUCCAAGACUGGGAGGGUCUCAGGGUGCUGCCCGCAGUCAACCAAAUUGAGCUUCACCCAUGGAAUCAACGUCCAAAUGAGGUAAAGUACGAUCGCAGUCUGGGUAUUGAGAUCCAAGCUUGGUCACCACUGACCCAAGGAAAAAAGUUCGAUGAUCCACAAUUGCUCAAGCUUUCCAAAAAAUACAACAAAACUCCAGCCCAGGUCUUGAUCAAAUGGUCAUUGCAACUGGGUAACAUCGUACUUGUCAAGUCUAGUACACAAGCCAGGCAAUUAGAAAACCUCCAAGUCGAUGAUUUUGAAUUGUCAAAAGAAGAGUUGGAAUCUUUCAAGGACGAAUACUUGUUAACUUCCCCUUGGUGGGAUCCAAUCACUUAUCAGGGCUGA